UGGAUUGCCAAACUUUCAAUCACCAGGGAUAAAGGAGUGGAGAACUGUAAAGGAUCCAUUAUUACGAAAAACGUCAUCCUGACUGCUGCUCACUGCUUCCACUUAGAUGACCAACCACACUUUGUCAAUGUGGACUUAAGUUCAUCUGACGGAAAAAAAGUUACACGCAAAGUCAACAACAUUUACCGCCAUCCAAAAUAUGACCCCAACGGCAAGCAAGAUAAGAAUAUUCCAAAAUCCUUUGACUUUGAUUUGGCUCUUGUCAAUCUGAGCCAGAAGCUUGACUUUUCUUCACAAAUUAGGCCUAUUUGUCUUCCAUGCACAACAGGAACAUCCUGGGCAUUAAAACAACGGGACAAGGUUGUGUCUUGCAAGAAUCAUGAAAACUUUCUAAUGUCUGGAGAUCUGGUGCAAGCGUUGUUUAUUACAGAGGAAAGUAAAAAUGUCUUUGAUCAGAAAAAUGUCCAGAUAAAGCAAGGGAACUGGAGACAUGGUUGCCUCAAAGAUGCAGAGAAGGUGAAGGACUUUAAAGAUGUGGCAAAUAUCAAAGAUGUUGUAACUGACAAUUUCCUGUGUACUGGAGGAAUAGACCCUGUAGUGGAUCCCCAGACCUGCAAAGGAGAUUCUGGUGGACCUCUUAUUAUACAAUAUAACAAACGUUAUAUCCAGGUUGGAGUAAUAAGCUGGGGAACAGUGGUAGGCUGUAAAGGUUAUAAAAGGGAUGAACCAGUCGAUCCAGAAUCACGGGAUUUCCACGCUUCCAUUUUCCCCGGGUUGGAAUGGAUAGAAGAAAUUGUAAAAGAUGAACUUAUAUACCUGAAGUAA